AUGAGGUGGGAGAACCAGAGCAGAGUGUCCGAAUUCCUCCUCCUGGGACUCCCCGUUAGGCCAGAGCAGCAGGCCAUGUUCUUUGCCCUGUUCCUGAGCAUGUACCUCACCACAAUGUUGGGGAACCUGCUCAUCAUCCUGCUCAUCAGGCUGGAUUCUCACCUUCACACCCCCAUGUACUUCUUCCUCAGCCACUUGGCCCUCACUGAUGUCUCCUUUUCAUCUGUCACCGUCCCAAAGAUGCUGAUGAAUAUGCAGGCUCAACACCUAUCCAUCUCCUAUCCAGAGUGUAUUUCACAGGUGUAUUUUCAUAUGCUUUUUGGUGGUGUUGAUAACUUCCUUCUUGCAGUGAUGGCCUAUGACAGGUGUGUGGCCAUCUGUCAUCCUCUACUUUAUACCACCAUCAUGAGGAAGGAGCUGUGUGUCCUGCUGGUGGCUGGCUCCUGGAUACUCUCCUGCAGCAGUGCCCUCUUGCACACUCUUCUCCUGGCCCAGCUGAUGAGGAGGGAUAAUCAGAGCAGUGUGUCCAAAUUCUUCCUCCUAGGGCUCCCCAUCCAGCCGGAGCAGCAGGGCAUAUACCAAACUCCCAUGUACUUCUUCCUCAGCCACUUGGCUUUUACUGACAUCUCUUUCUCAUCAGUCACAUCACCAAAGAUGCUGAUGAACAUGCAAACACAGAGUCAAUCCAUCUCAUAUGCUGGGUGCAUUUCUCAGGUGUAUUUUUUCUUAUUUUUUGGUGAUACUGACAGCUUCCUUCUCACCUCAAUGGCCUAUGACAGGUAUGUGGCCUUUUGUCACCACCUCCACUAUACCACCAUCAUGAGUCAAAGGCUGUGUUUCCCCCUAGUAAUUGUGUCCUGGGUCUUAUCCUUUGCCAGUGCUCUAUUGCACACACUGCUGCUGGCCCGUCUCUCUUUCUGCGGAGACAACACUGUCCCUCACUUCUUCUGUGACCUCUCUGCAUUACUUAAGCUGUCCAGCUCAGACACCUCAACCAAUGAGCUGGUAUUCCUCACUGUGGGGGUUGUGGUCAUUACCUUUCCAUUCGUAUGCAUCCUGGUCUCCUGUGGCCUCAUUGGGGCCACUAUUCUGAGAGUUCCCUCAACAAAGGGAAUCCGCAAAGCCUUGUCUACCUGUGGUUCCCACCUCUCUGUGGUGUUUCUAUACUAUGGGGCAAUUGUUGGAUUGUACUUUUUCCCCUCAUCCAGUAACUCCAAUGACAAAGAUGUCAUUGUGGCCAUAUUAUACACUCUGGUUACUCCCAUGCUAAAUCCUUUUAUCUAUAGUCUGAGGAAUAGGGACAUGAAAGGAGCGCUGGGAAAUAUACUCAAUAGAAGAACAUUUUCACCAUAG